CUCGUCCUCCCGUUUAAAGGAGGCUCAGACUACGGCAACAUCCUGUUUCGCCUUGAAGCAAUGAAGAGGCUGGCUUUUCCUUCAAACACUCCAACAACCCUCGACUUUGACAUGUCCCAGCUAAAUCCAAAGCCCCGCAUCCUCUUCUUCAACCCCGUGCGUCAUGCGUUGGCCGACUACGAGGCUUUGCAUGCCGUGGCGAGCCCCGAAGUCGUGACGAGCACUUCGCGGAGGGAGCUCUUUGACGACUUGAAAGCAAAGUAUCACGAUAUUCAGGCCAUCUAUAGGACGUCUGCCAGCGGAGCGAGGUCGCACUUCCGAUUCCAUCCUCUAACCGCGCCAGCCCAGGUUGCCGGGAACUUUGACGAGGAACUCAUCAGCCACCUCCCCACGUCGUUGAAGUUCAUCUGCCACACGGGCGCCGGCUACGAUCAGAUCGACGUCGACGCCUGCUCCCGCCGCGGCAUCACCGUCACCUACGCGCCCGACCCGGUCACCAACGCCACGGCCGACCUGGCCCUCUUUUUGCUGCUGGGCGCCAUCCGGCAGCUGAACCCUUCCUUCAGCAGCCUGAGGAACGGGAAUUUCAAAAAGGGGCUCGACUUCGGCCACGACCCGCAGGGUAAGACGCUGGGCAUCCUCGGCAUGGGCCGCAUCGGUCGGGCCGUCAAGCGCCGCGCGGAGCCGUUCGGGCUGAAAGUCGUCUACCACAACCGCACGCCCCUGUCGGACGAGCUGGCCGCCGGGUGCCCGUACGUGUCCUUUGACGAGCUUCUCGAGACGAGCGACAUCAUCUCCGUGCACGUCCCGCUCUCGGCCGCGACGAAGCAUCUCGUAGGAGCGGCCGAGAUCGCCAAGAUGAGACCGGGCGUCGUCCUGAUCAACACGGCACGGGGAGCCGUCAUCGACGAGGGCGCAAUGGCGGAGGCGCUGGAUGCCGGCCACAUCGCCGCCGUGGGCUUGGACGUCUACGAGAGGGAGCCCCUAGUCGACGAGCGGCUUGUGAAGAACGAGCGGGCGCUGCUCGUGCCGCAUCUGGGCACGCACACCGUCGAGACGCUCAGGCAGAUGGAAUCGUUGGCCAUGGAGAAUGCGCGGCGGGGGGUAUGCGGGGAGGCCCUUCUGACCAUCGUCCCAGAGCAGGUAGAGACCAGGUCGGUGUAAUUUACACUUACGCACAUAUAGAGUCAGCCAUUUACAAUCAACCUCUCAUGUCGAGCACAAGAACCUCCUUUCCUGUCAUCAACGAACAAGUAUUCUCGUCAUCAUUCCCGUCACCAUUCCCGGGACCCUUUCGAU